UUCUUUUGGUGAAGCGUCUAGAUACGAGGGACCUGCGAGCAGUCAGCCUGUUGAAUAAAGUUAGCUAACGCAUUUUGCUUUAUCGCUUUUAAGACAAAGGAGGACAAACAAUUUGAAACAUAUGACAACAAGAAGUAAAGUUUUGUAAUGCGAUUAGACGUAAAGAAUACGUGGUAAACGAGUCAAGCUGUUUGCCUAAACUGGCACAAUAACUUAGCUAGUGAAGGAAGUAUCAAACACCUAUUUUCCACGAUGUUAAAAUUCAGCUUCAGGAGGGAGAAAGACAAGGAGUUUAAACAUAUAGCCCCUGGUUUGAUCCCUGCUGCCUCCAUUGCUCCAAAGCCUGCUGUGCCUCGCACCCCACCCCCCCGCAGCCCAGACCCCUCACCUGAGAGACCCAGAUCAGCCUUAGCAGCAGCCAUCUUGUCCUCUUCGCUCACUGGACAGACAUGGGCCCUCCCUCCUGCCAGGCCAAGGUCUUUCUCUGAGAGUGAACGAUCAGAGUCCUUCAUAUCUGAACCAAACAUCAGCACAGCACUUUAUAAUAGAGACAGAUGGUCAGAAAAUUUGGCCAGCCGACCACGAUUGUCCUCCCCUGACCACUCAGAGGAGGAGCUGGAAGACAAGGAAGAGGAGUUAGAGAAUGAAGAGGAAAGGGAGGACCAUAUCUACCAAACACUGGACAGAGGGGAGACUUGUUCAAUCACAGAUCCCGUUUACGCGAUGCCUGUGAAAGCUAAGACCAAAAUGCCCCCACCAAAGCAGAUGUCUGGCAGAAGAGUUCCUUCUUCAGAUUUCACUGAGGAAACCAGUGUCCAGUCUCCUGAGGCCAGAUGUGAGUCCACCAAGAAGAAAGCCUCUGUCAGGAUGAGCUCUGGCAGUCAGAGAGAUGGUGUACCUUCUGUGCUACCCAUCCUAACCACUGACCACCCCAGCCAAUCCACCCAAGCCAAAACCCCAAAACACCCCACCCAGCCAUCUCCACAGCCCAGGAAGGCGUACAGUGAGGUGCAGAGGAAGGUGGUACAGGCCCUGCCGAAGAAAGCAAGAAUGGCAGGUGAACAAACGCUACUGGAGGAGAGACUGCAGCACCUGGAACAGGAAAUCAGUCACAGCCAAGCCUCCUCAAACCUGAGGUCAUCAGCAGGCAGUCAGGCAGAACUACAGAAUCUGAGGCAACAUGCUCAGGAGCUGGUGGAUGAAAAUGAUGCCCUCAAAUUGACAGUUCACCGUCUGAAUGUGGAACUGAGCCGCUACCAAACCCGCUUCCGACCACUGUCCAAACAGGAGCUUGACACAAAGUAUUUAUCUCCUCUACUGCUGGCCUACGAAGAGAGGAUAAAAGAGAAAGAUGCACUUCUGCAAACCACAGAGGAGGAGGUGAAGAGGUUGCGUGUUCAUGUAGAGCAGGUGAUCAAAGAAAAUAAGAGACUCCAUGAUGAAACUGCAAAGGUUGGAGGGGUCAGCCAGAAAGACUGUCAUGAGCUACAACAACAGGCCAUUCUGGUUUUGAAGGAGAACCAGGUUUUGAUUGAUCAACUUGAGGCUCAGCAUGUUAAGGCCAAGGCCAACCAUAGUAAACACCACUCUGAAGUAUCCAAGGUGUCUAAGCAACUGCAGUUGUUAGAGGCAGAAAAGCAGCAUUUGCAGGAGGAUCUGGAAGAGAGCAGGAGGCAGGUGCAGAAAAAUAUGAGGGAGGUCCAAGUUCUGCAGGCCCGCUUGAAGGAUGCUGUCACCUGGGAUGAACACUGCAACAUUGCUGGGAAACUCAGAGGGCAGCUGGAGCAGCAGGAGAAAAAGAACAAGAGUGAGAUGGACCAGCUGCAUCUUAGAGUGUCCCGUCUGCAGGAAGAGAAUAGGAGUCUGGCUCUGGACAAAGCCAAUCUGACUGCUGAUAUAAAGAGAAUGGAGGCUGAGCUUGAGCUUACCAGACAAGCCAACAGGAAGGCUGAGAGGAGGAUGAGUGUAUUGAAGCGGCAGAAGGAAGAGUGUGUGUUGAAGGAGGAAAAGAUUCGGCAUUACCUUGGAGCUGUCAUUUCUGUGGCAGAGCAUGUUUCGCAGGAGAGAGACCAACUACUACACAGGGCUUCAGUUCUUCAGCAGGAAAAGCAGGGAUUCAUCAGCAGGAUACUGAAUGGCACUGUGCGAUUUGGAAAACUACAGGAAGAAGUCAAAGUGUACCGCAGGCAGGCGUCAAACAGACUGGCAGCGUUGGAGGAGGUAGCAGAGGGGAGGACAGCUUCUCACCAGAGGGAGAUCCUUCACCUGCAGAGGCUGCUAAGAGAAAGACAGGAGGCUGAGGAGAGACUACUGCAGUCAAAACGAGAAGUAGAAGAGGAGUUGGAGGUGGUGUGGCAGGCAGCAACCAGGGAAAACCAGCAGAUGAAGGAGACUCUUUUGGACUCGAGACUCACUGCGGACCUCUACGGUUGGCCCGUUUCUGGCAGUGCCUCUCCUAGCUGGCCUUCUCAGGCUCCAGAUGAAACCACCUCAUCCACCCAGCAUCAUCAUGGGCCUCCCCUCUUCUCCUCUUAUCAAAGCCCUGUGCUUCAGAGAAGGUCCGUAUUUAAAUCUGACUCAGACCACCCAAACAACUCCUCGGAUGAAAAGCAUAAACAUGGGCUGGAUUUCUAUUGCUAAAACCUUUUAGAGCCAUGACACUGUAGGUGUGCCAGUCCAUUCAUAUCAGGAAAGACAACUGGGCUUUUACAGUAGACCAGUUUCAGUCAAUCUAGAGAUAUACAGUGUGCCAGCUUGAGUUUUUUGAGUAUUCACAGAUGAAUAAAUUGUAAAGUUGCACCAUAUUCUAUUACAAACCCACAACAAUUUUAACUACAGUGUAGUUAUAUGUUUCUGUUAUCUAUCUGGUGGAAACAAAUACUGUAUGUACAUUUAAGUGGAUGCAGUGGAUAUUAAGUUAAGGUCACUCAACUCAAAUCAAGAAUGAAAACUUCAUUUGAACAGAAGGAUUGCAAUAAAACAAAUAAAACAUAUCAAACGCUGAAAGAAUAAAACGGGGGGCACAAAAUGACUUAACAACACGGUUCAGUUUUGACCAAAUAUGCGUCGCCAAAUAUACCUGACAUGAGUCAGAAAGACUUCAUGAUUUCAUGAACAGUCUGAUUUCCAAAGAUACAUUUUUUAUGUUUGUCUUUAUAAAUUAGUCUCAGGGUUUUAUAGACCAUUUCAAGUGUAAUAGAUUAACAAGUGAAAGCAAAAAGACUUGUAAUAUAUAUAGCCAAUGUUGCCAUCUGCUGGACACAUGUAGUAAUGGUAUUAACAUUGCCACAGUAGCAAUAUUACAUGGUACAGAGUGGCUGACAGAAAAACUACAGGUACACUAAGUGUGUGUGUGUAUGUGUGUGUGUGUGUGUGCGUGCAUGCGUGCGUACUCGUGUCUUCUAAAUCCUGAGGUCAAGUGUAACAUAAGUCAUGUCAUCUGCAAACAGGAAAUUAAACUGACUUGUUCAAACUGAUCAAAAUGACAUUAAGUGAGUUCUCAGGAAGAGAUUCUAUUAAUGGUAUUUCAAAGGAAUUUGAUUGUUUUAAAAAUAAUAAUCAUAGAACAAUAGAGAAAAAGUGUUAGGGUAAAACAACUGUAUACAGAUAUAUUUCUACAUGCUUGUCUCAAAUCUUCUUUUUCUUCUUCUUCUUCUUCUUCUUAUUAUUAUUAUUAUCAUUAUCAUUUUCAUUAUUAUUAUUAUUAUUAUUAUUAUUAUUAUUAUUAUUAUUAUUACCCUUGUUAACUACCAGUUAACAUUUUGAGGCAUAGGUGUAAUUUACUGUGUAAAUAAUAAAGGAGACUUUUCGUUGAU